AUGGGCAUAAAACCACUUCCUAGUUACAGAGACUACUGGAGUUCAGGUGCUGAUCUACAUGAUAGUUAUGUGAGUCAGCUGAUGUCAAGGAGGCGUUUCGAAUGGUUUCUCACCAACUUACAUUUGAAUGACAAUAGUAAAAUGCCACAACGAGGGGACACCAACUUUGAUAAACUUUAUAAGUUGCGUCCUUUCCUAGAAAGAAUUUCACAUAACUUUCAGAAAGCACUUAAUCCAAAUGAAUGUAUGGCAGUGGACGAAUCUAUGAUUAAAUUUAAAGGAAGAUCUUCUAUAAAACAGUACUUGCCAAAGAAGCCUAUCAAGAGAAGCUACAACGUGUGGGUACUAGCAGACAAAUCUGGCUAUGCAUGGAAACUGGAUAUUUACACAGGAAAGAAAGAUAAUGCUGUGGAAAAGAAAUUGGGAGAAAGAGUUGUGAAAGACCUCACUGAAAAUAUUAAAGGUAAGGAUCACAGAGUUUACUUUGAUACUUAUUUCAGUAGCCCAGAUCUCCUUCGAGAUUUGAAAGAAAACAAAAUACAUGCUUGUGGUACAGUGAAUCCAAGUAGAAAAUCUUUACCUAUGCUGAAAAGUGACAGGGAAAUUAAAAGGGGUGACUAUGAUUGGGCUACUAGCAAUACAGGCCUUAGUGUGAUGAAGUGGAAAGAUAAGAGAUCCGUCCAUCUACUUUGA